AUGCUGCCCACCUCCGCUGCCCUCUCUUCCGCUCGUUGUGAUCAGAUACAUAUACCCUCCCAUUCCCGCCGUUCCAACCCGUCUUCCUCAACCAUCACUUCUACUUCCCAGACUCAGCAGGCAGACUUUUAUAAGCAGCAGGCAUUGAAACAGGAUCAUUCUAACUACCACUCUACAUCCCUCAAAAUGGUCAUGCCGUCAGUUAACCGGACGAGCUUGCACCCAACUGGUGUCCAGCCGUCUCACCCUCACACCGAGAUCGAGGAAGAACUCCACGAGACCGCCCACAUCGACUAUGACAGAGUUGCUAUCAUUGCCAACCCUUCCGUCGCCUCCCUUUAUGAAGAUGCCUUGGUCUACGAGACCGGAACCGCCAUUACCUGCAGCGGUGCUCUUACCGCCUACUCUGGUGCCAAAACCGGCCGCUCUCCCCUAGAUAAGCGUAUCGUCAAGGAAGACAGCUCGUCCAAGGACGUCUGGUGGGGAUCUGUUAACAAGGCCAUGAGCCCCGAGGUUCGUCUCUUCUCCAUAUCCCUCCUCUCCCCCCCCCUUUUCCCCUACCCUUCUAGCCGAUAAUAUCAUAAGCCCCGCACUCAUCGGAUAACGUGACGGUGCAAUC